CUUCUUGUCUGGUUUCAUUGCGGUUGGAAUUGAGGAUGAAACCAAUGCUGACGUCAAUGCAGCGCAGAGAUAACGUCUUAUUAAGCAUACUUUAACGCGCCCAGUGCACGCACCAUGACGCGCACCUCGGUUGCUCUUCCGAAAGCUUCUCCAUGUUGGGAUUUGGGAAUUGGGGUUCAAACUUGACACCUUCCCAGACUUUCACUUCAACUUUACAACGAGAUCCACCCCCUCCGCCCUAUCUCUGCUGCCAGAAGCACGUCUCCAGCUGCCAGAAACAUGGAGCACAUUUCAAGCUCCACUUCUCCCGUUCCCCAUCCCUAACGGUACAUAGCACUGGAUUUAAAGCUGGGCAUGCCCUGCCUUUGAAUGCCUUCGUUCACCAAUUGCCUUUGUCUCGCUGGACGCCUUCUCGCCGGCAACAAGGCCCCAGGGGCAUUCCGCUGUCCAGACCCGACUCCAGAGGCGUUCCCGUCGCAUCUCCCCGCUCCCACGCCACCCCGCCGUGCCGUCCUUUCCGAGUCUUAUUGGAGUCUUAUCGGGACAUCAUGGUUGCAGACCCACUUGGGAAUAGCCUCAUCCCGCUCCCGGACUCGGGUCAGGACUGCCAGCGCCGGGCAACCACGUCUUUAUACCGGCAGGGUUUGCAUCCUCAAAUCCGUCCUUCCUUUGUCCCCGGCCUUUAUAUCGGCCGUAGGCGGUGUCUUCAUGGCAUUGUUCGUUCCGCACGAUAUUUGGGAGAUACACAAAUGAUGGGACAUGAUUCAAUGUCACCUACUCACAAAGCAACGGUUCAGAAGGCCGUAAUCAUAUCCGCGCCAUGGAAAACACCUGAGACAGCGCGGGAACACAUCUUAUCGUGACGGGCCUUGGUUUUGGUCACGCCGUAUCCAAUUUUCAAGCCCCGA